AAUAAUUUUCUAAGUACUGUAGUUGCAGUACUUUUGAAGUGAUGGACGGGACGUCCGGACGUGUCAUUCAUCAGCUCUGGUCUUGGGCUAUGACCAAGUAAAAUUACCUCCUGCGAGCAUGGACGAGCACCGACGCCGUGAACGCUGGUGUCCAGUUUAUCCUGCAUCGUAAUCUACCCAGAAGAGUGUAUGGUGUUGACAUGUAGCAGGCACUAGAAAUAUCUCUGGUGUAGUUCUACUGAAAGUCAUUGUCUUCUGUGGAAGCAUGGACGGUGAACGUAGAGAUAAGCUGCUGCGGAGUGACUACGCAGUUGCUGGAGCUGUAUCUGGUGUGGUAACCCGUGCCUUGGUCUCGCCUCUGGAUUUGCUGAAGAUUCGCUACCAACUCCAAGUGUCAAGUGCCGCCGCCGACAUCCGCUACACAGGCAUAGUUUCAUCGCUCGUUCGCGUUGUAAAAGAAGAAGGCGUGCGUGGCCUGUGGAAAGGUCACGUUCCGGCUCAGCUGUUAUCAGUCACGUAUGGAGCAGUGCAGUUCUACGCAUUUGAAGGGAUGAAGACAAGUGCCAGUCACUUCGGCGGCCAGGGCUCGAGCCAGGGAUCCCCGGCUUCAGCAUCUCGGCCUUCGACGACGGCGGCGACGAAUUUCAUCUGCGGUGGCUUGGCCGGUUGCUGCGCUACGCUCGCUGCUCAUCCGCUUGAUGUCAUGCGGACGCGGCUGGUUGCGCAAUGCAGCAGACGCAUUCGGGUGUACACGAGUCUGCAUCAGGGAGUGCUGCACGUUUGGCGGAAUGAAGGAGCCCUGGCGUUUUACAGAGGGCUGUCGCCAACACUGCUGCUUGUAUUCCCGCAGACUGGACUGCAGUUCUCCAUCUACCACAGCCUGAGCUCUCUGUGGACGCAGACACUCGGGGAACGGAGCGUUCUGGGCUUUCCUCGCAGCUCCGUGUGUGGGAUGGCAGCUGGCAUGUUGUCGAAGCUGGCCAUCUUGCCUCUGGACUUGAUGAAGAAAAGACUGCAAGUACAAGGUUUUGAGCAGGCAUGGUCGUCGGUGGGCCAGACCAGGCAGUACGUCGGGGCACUGGACUGUGCACGUACUGUCUGGCUGCAGGAGGGUAUCCUGGGCUUCUACAAGGGCACCACACCUAGUCUUCUGAAGGCCGGUGUCUCGGUGGCGCUGAUCUUCACGUCGUACGAGUGGUGUUUGGACAUCCUGUGCCACCUGAGAGGCAAGGAAUCGUGAUGGACGGCUAGCACACGCACACACACAGUAGGUGACAUGGAUGUGUUCGCUGUAGCGGUGAUGUGUGUUUGUGUGAGAACUUUGCCUAAGGAUGCCAAAAUUGCAGAUGCAGAAAGUCCCGUCCGGUGUGCGUGAGGAGUUAUUUCUUCUUACACCCCGCCUGGAGCAAUUUCAGCUCGCCAUAUGCCAGUCUGCAGUCUUGUGAGCCGUCUUGGUUGCCGGUGAGCAGCGGUGCAGCUUCACACGGCCACAGAAUGGACACUUGUUCAGAUUGGUGCUUUUGGGCGGCGUACACGCAGCAUCGCGAAGUACACGUAUCAGCUUUGUCAAGACAUGCGAUGGCAGCCUGUCAUCACAGCCACGACCACCUCUGACUGUGCUUACCCGCACCCACAGUGAACGUGCACAUCGCCGUUGUCAAGGGAACACAAAUAGCCCGACUGCUGUGUCCAGACAUUGAUCUCGGACUACCACGGUGGAAUGCAAUGGUCUUCGCUCCAUCUACGCAAUAGUCCAGGCAGCUGGCCAUACUGUCUCCGAGACUAGGAGCAAGAAAUCGCAGCUAACUGAACACAGCAGUAAUGCUAUCACCAUCGAUUCGAAAUUGCAACUUGCCCGGCUAGCACCAUUCCUAAGGCGAAUGGACCAGUAGUAGGACACUUCUCAGCCGGGAAGUCAAUGGAAUUCUAACUCUGGGAUUUGUUGGACUUAGCGGACCAUGCAAAUGACUUCCCUUUUUUGGUGAUUUCCCCACUCACCCCAUUCUAGUCUAAUGUACUUGCUAGCUUGCCGCUAUCCUUCUAACUAUUUUGUUUGGUGGAGUCCGGCCCAGUAAUAACAGCCUAUGUUUUGGUAUCAAGUACCUGCGCAACAGAUUGGAGGUUGACUGGCUGUGACUGCGAGUUUCAUUCACGGUACAAUAACCGGACGCGCAUUGCCGGACUGUCUUGGUAUCAAUCAUGUCUGUGCGCACGUGGAUCGGCCAACAGCACAGCGUGCUGUGUAAUUGCGUUCGUUGGAUUGCCUUUUACUAGUGUCUCGACGCUGCUUGUAUACGCUUUCAAACUUAUCGAACCUCAACCCCCCCCCCCCCCCCUCAAAUACUCCACUGUGAAGCAAUGAUUGCAGCCAUUUUUCUUCUUCUUUUAGUGCAAAUGAGCGGCUCAGUGACAAGUUUUUAACACGUUAUGUUACCAGUAAUCCUAUUCCUUCUGCUCAACCUCUCUCAUUAUAAUACUUGGAGUAACUAAUAGAAAGUAGUUUAGAGCAGACUCGCUCUUUAAUUCCCAUUCACUCUGCUCGUUUUUUAUCAAUUUCUUUUAAACAACAUUUCUGAAAUAACGAAGUGAGCAACACUGCAUUUGAGUACGCACAGAUCACCUGACUAUAUCGCCAAGUGACCAUUGCUGCGUCGAAAUUCCCAAUCACCGCCUUCUGAUCCAACAGUCCGUCUGUACCGGCGGUGCUCUCCGAUGUUAUUCCUUGAUUUCUCUCUCACUCUCUCUCUCUCUCUCUCUCUCUCUCUCUCUCUCUCUCUCUCUCCCUCUCUCUCUCUCUCUCCC